AUGGGGGGCCCCCACGGGGCCCAGGCGUCAACAGCGCCUGGAGCCAAACAGAGCCAACUGCCCAUGAGUGAUCCCCAGUCGCGUACGGCGAAGAGGUCACGUGGCACCAUAAAACGGCAGAGGGCCUUAGAGCAGAAGGUGCAGGAGAGCGUUUCCGCUGUGAACUCGUUGCUCACAGAAACAGAAGGCUUUCUUGAGGCCGAGGGAUUAGAGAAGACGUAUAAAUUCACUCAGGCCGAUAUACUCGAAAAUGUCAGCGAGGAAAUAGGGAAGAAGGCGUUUCGCCUUGGCUUGUCUUUCGGCCCCUACUUCGUUGACUACACGCGCGGCGGCCGUCACCUUCUGCUGGGGGGCCAAAAAGGGAAUUUGGGUGUUUUGGAUUGCCAUGAAAUGAAAACGAUCUGCGAAGUUAAUGUGAAGGAAACCGUACGGUCUGUCUGCUUUCUCCAGAAUCACACACUCUGGGCCGCAGCUCAGAAGAAGUACGUCUACAUCUACGACAACCAGGGCAUCGAAGUUCAUUGCCUUAGAGACCUCAUGCUGACUUAUUCUUUAUCAUUUCUACCUUACCAUUACCUCAUGGUCUCCAUAGGAGAAUUCGGUGAACUAAAUUAUUACGACAUAUCGACGGGCCAAAUUGCUGCAAAACACAGGACCAAGAGGGGGCCCUGCGGGGUGAUGGCCCCAAAUCCUACGAACGCAGUGAUGCAUCUCGGACACACGAAAGGCACCGUCACUCUUUGGACACCAAACCUCGGCAAGCCGGCGGUGGACAUGUUGUGCCACAAAGGAAAAGUCACUGCGCUUGCAGCGCAAGAUCAAUACAUGGUUACUGCUGGUGUGGACGGGAAGUGGAAACUGUGGGACCUGCGCAAAUACGAGGCCGUGCAGUCGUUUAAUUAUUUCGGUUCCCCGCCCUCGUGUGUUUCAAUAAGCCAGACAGGGUUGGUAGGAUUAGGCUUCGGAUCACAUGUGCAAAUAUGGAAAGAUGUAUUAACUCAGCAAAGGGCUACAUUGUACUUGACGCACGAAAUGCCAGGGGAGCAAGUGAGCUGCCUUGCCUUCAGACCCUUCGAAGACGUCUGCGCCUACGGGUCCACAGGUGCAGUAGGAACCCUGCUCGUGCCUGGUGCCGGCUUGGCCAACUACGACUCAAGAGACGCAAAUCCUUACGAAACCAAGAAGCAAAGGCAGGAACGUGAGAUCCACUCUUUGCUGGAAAAGAUACCUGCGGAUAUGAUUUCGCUGGACACAACGCCGAUAGGGACAUACGACAAGAAACGCAAGGCUGCCCCAGUGCUGCCGCCCGAACCCAAUAAAGACGCUAAGAAACCAAAGAAACAGAAAAAGAAGCAGAGAGGAAGGGACGCAGCUGAGAAGAGAAGCCGGAAAAACGAACGCGAGCACCUCAUACACAGAAGGCAGCAAACAGCUCUGCGGCUUUCAGCGGCAAGAAACAACAAGAAUGACAAGAGCGAGAAAAGGAAGGAAACAAUUACAGGGGCCCUUGCUCGUUUUGUCAAGAAAUGA